AUGUCUAAAAACACAUGGGAUGUUGGAGGGCAUCAUGGCAAUGAACUCGGAGUGUUGGACAGACUGUCUCUUGUUCGGUUUCCAGUCACGUACACUGGUUAUGAUCCUUUCUUCUACCAAGACGUCAACUGCUACUUUGCCAUGCCCCGAUCCAACUCAUCAGUCGACAGCACCAAAAAGACCAAGCAGAAGAAAUUGACCGAGGAAGAGGUGCGGGUCUUAAAAUCCCACCUAGAAGAAUGGAAGGAAGCCGCUGCCGACGAUAGAAAAAAGAUCUUGAAGGCCGUCGUAAAAGAGGCCAAGGUACAUGCCCCUGCUAUGGAUGACCAGUCAUUGAAGAACAGGAAAUAUAUGUACCAGGACUGGUUAUAUAACCGCAGGCCUGAAAAGACGCGAAAGAAGAAGACCAGCAAGUUCGAACAACUGCGCAAGGAGGAUAUCAUCAAAAAGACUGGAGCGAUGCCGGGAUCCAAGAAAUUUAUUGAAAGAUAUCAGACAACACUAACUGCAGUCAUGGACAGUAGACUGCGAUCGAGUGGUCUGCCAAGGCUCCUCCAAGCGGACUUUGCAAAGAAGAAAGCACCCGGUAUGAUGAAGGAUCUGGCAACCAAGUUGUGGAAGCAGGCCGGUAUGAGAAUCUUUAUAUUAUCAGCAUGGAAAACAGAGGAAGACGAAGUCCGGAUCAACGGAAUCGACUUCAAUGAAAAGUUGGAGGGCAAUAGUUUUAUGGAUACCAAGGACUGGAAGCCCAUGUUAUCAGAGUGGAAUGCCUAUGCUGGAGAAGAGUUCGAAGUUGACCUGAAUAAUGAUGACGAUGAUAAUGAGGGGGAGGUGAAGAAGAGCAGGAGGAAAGGUGGAAAGAAGGACGAUUAUCCUUCGGCGAUGGAUAGCUAUGGGCUUCCGGUCAUACCGGACGUUAAGGAGCUUAACCUAGAGAGUAAAAAGUGUCUUAUCCGGACAUUCAUCACAAAACACUACAGGUUGUGCAGCCAACAACCAAAGGCAUCUGUGCCCUGGGCCUCACUGAGGAAGGCUCAGGGUGACUUUAUUGCAGCCAAGUUUUUACCUACCGGCUGCAAGUUGGAUGAUCUGUCGAAGAUUUGGUUAGUUGAUGCCGACCGGCUAUUGGAGUUGUGGCGCCAAAGACAGAAGGACCAGGUUCACCCAACCUUUGAAUUCAAAGGCUGGGAAGGCGAUGAUAAGACGAUCAGAGAACCGGCAGAGAUAAUCUCCGGCCACAGUUCUGACUCGCUACCCAGGGUUCUGGUGAAAAAGUCGACUGGAAAGCCUAGGUCAAGUAAUGAGGAUGAGGAUGAUGACGACAAGGACGAAGAUGAUGAUGAGCAGGAGGAGGAGGGAGGGGAAGAUUCACAACCUUCAAAGUCCAAACCAACCAAGAAGCACCGCCCGGUGAGUCCAUCUCCAUCUGAUUCCGAGCACGAAGAUCCUCCCCCACCGGUGAAGAAACCUGUGCCGGUCCCAAAACCCAAACCAACCAAACCGCACCCCCGUUCCAGUCCGGUUCCAUCUGAUUCAGAGCAUGAAGAUCCUCCCCCACUGGUCAAGAAACCUGUGCCGGUCCCAAAACCCACGAAAAAGCGGGGUAGGGUUGAUCCCAUUCAACCGCAUUCAGAGUCAGAUCGUCAGCCACCGGUCAAGAAAUCCAAGCUCACUGCAAUUGGAAAGGACAGUCAGAAGACACCACCGGUACCGGUUCUGCUUCAACUGGUCAUCGUCUUAAUGACCCUCUGCCUACGUCUAUAA